AUGGGAGACUCCACAUACCCGACGACCUCAUCAACUGCGGCGCCGACCACCGCGAGGCCUCUCCCACCCCGCCUGGACCCUAGGAACCUUGCAGGAGGCCAUGGAGCAGAAUAUUUUGGUCAGCGAUCUCCAGCUCCGUCUCCACGGGUUGCAGAGGAACUACCGACUGUUCCCAAACGUAAUAAGAAAGCUAGAACUCUCCACCCGCGGAAACAAGACUUGGGUCCCAAAUGGCAUAAAGAAUACUCUGAAAUAGACCUUUAUAGCGGUCGGGUCCUAAUAAUCGAUUUCGUCAAGCAGGGAUUAGAUGACUGUAAAGUCGGCAUGCGGAAAGUAGCCGCGCAGGAAAUCUAUGACCUCGAGCAGCUGCGAAAGGUUUACACUAAUCCGGAACGAAAUGAUGAGGCAGUGCUGCGUGUUUUCCAUAUCCAGAACGCAAGUUGGGCCACCAAAUAUCUUCUACGCAAGUUCAACAUCGACAACCGAGAUGACCUUGUUGGCACUGACUUUGGUCGCUAUGUCCGUCAUAAGCGACCUGAACGGCGUGGAGGCAAGCCUUUUCUCAGCGGGAAGACAUGGAAAGUCCAAUAUGAUCCGUGGCGCGGGAUUAGCAAGACCUCUUUUGGAUUGGAUUAUUUCAAACAGUAUACCGUGCGUGAUCCGGUGGUCGGCGCGUCGAGGGUUCAGCAUGAGGAGGAUGAUAGCUUGAAGAUGAUGGAGCUGAAUUGCUUUGACGAAGAUGAUAAUCCUAUAUUCGGCUAUGAUGUCUAUGUACAGCGAGUCGGCUGCUACGUUCAGCACAAGCAGGUUGCCGUCGAUGUGCCGUUGGAUCCGGAUAUCAAGAAUCCCUACAUCAGCGAACCCCCCAAGUCCGAGAGCGUCAAGAGCCACCUGACGAAGCAUGAGUACAUCCCUCGCCUCAACACUCUCGACAACGGCAACGCCAUCCUCAUUUUCGACAACUCUCACUCCAACAGCAUCGAGGACACGUUGAUCGCUGCCCGUCGUCUCUGGGAGUCUCGCUGGCGCCGGCUGCCAUUCUUUCUCGCGUUUGAGUCCCGAGACCUCGUAGAUACGGAUGAGCACCUCGCGUUUCAGUGCUCCAGGAUUAUCUUGGAGGACGUUUUCAAGGCGGUGGUGAUGGAGUGGGAUGCCUUUUUGGACCUGGCUUAUGACCACGUUAGUAUUUUGGAAGAUAAGGUUUACGAGCAGCCCGCAGACGAGACGCGGGCGCCGGAGUUGUGGACGAACUCGAAUAUCUGGUUGAAAGUGGAGAAGUUGCUGUUCAUACAUAUUGAUGUUGUGAAGGAGAUGAGGACAAGACUGGGGGAGCUGGUUUCUACAGAUGAUAUGGAGACGGAUGAUACAUGGCUGGACAGUAUCCCGGGAGAUUACGACAGGUUGGGCACGUUGGUUACGGAAGACUUGGUCAAGCCGACGAAGUCGUUGAUUUCGUUGCUGUACCAGAGCGUUUCAAUCCGUGAUAGCAGACAUAGCAUCCAACUUGGUACCAGCAUGUGGCGGUUGAGCUGGAUAACAUUCAUUUUCCUGCCCCUGACUUUUAUCGUUGGCUUUUUCGGGAUGAAUGUCGACACCUUCGCUGACAAUCCAAGCAUAAAAUGGUAUUUUAUAUCCAGCGUACCAUUCAUGCUGUGCGUGCUCAUCGGCUGGUACUUCGUCAAGCACCUCAUGGCCCGCGGGCGCCAAACUCCCUACCAGCGGGGUGUCUACGAGAACUUCUUCCAUGACCUGGCCACCGAAAAUUCCCAAUCGUGGUCCCUUACGGGGCCCCGGAACUACAUCUUUCCCAAAGGCCGCCUCGCACGCCUCAAAUGGUCUCUCAUCAAACGCUGGAGUGCCCCUGAGAAAACCAUCCAUGUUCCGCGGAACACAGGCGAUAGUGGUGUUGAUAGCCUGGGUGUUGUCUCGAAGAUUAAACGCUAUUUAAUCAGUCGUUGGACAGGGCAGAUUGCUGCCAGCCUGCCAGCUGACCAGGUGUCCGCAUCGUCUCUUGAAGCUGGUGAAGGUUGCUACGAUCCCGAGGAGGAUGGUGACGUCCACGUCCACGCUAGAGAGGCAAAUGUUGUCGCGGACGGCAUCGUGGAAGCAACUGAAAUGUUGACGCUGCCUGCAACUCCAGCCGUCGAGGAAGCCUUUCAAGUUGAGGAUUCCAUGUUUCGGUUGGCUGUGCCCUCCACGCGCACUGCUGCUGCUGAUGAUGAUGAUGAGGAACGGGUUAUACGAAGGGGUUCCCGCGGUCAUAAUCAACGGAAUAGCAAUGGCAGUGGCACCAGGAGUAGUGGUAUCCUGGUCGAAGAGGAGGAUUUCAGGUGGCUUAGCGAACAGGGCGAGGAAGGGAAGCAAUUUAUGUUCAGGUCGUCGUGUUCGAGGGAUGGGCAGUCGCAGGGAGUUGAUGAGAAUAAUCAAAGGGAUAGUACAAGUGGAGCUCCUGGUGGUGAUGAUGAUGCUGGAAAGCAGAAUCCUGAGGAGCCUCACACGAGGUCUGCGGAUGUCCCUACGACGCCCCGGGUCGUCCGUCCACCCGACUAA